GUGUGUCUGUGUGUGUGUGUGAGUGCGGUGAGCUCGUGAUUUGUUUACCUGUCAAAAUAAUAAAUAUAACUUUUGUUUUCGUGGGGCAUAAAAUACGGCCAGUUGUUGCUGUUGCUGUUGGCAUUGGUAGCGGAUUCGAGGAACAAGUCAGCGAAGGACUCUCGACGCCUGUCUGCCGCUUCCUUUCCUUUCCUCGUCCGUUUCUUGGCCAAGUGCAGUGUCAAAAGUCAAGCGAAGGAUAAUGUGCCUGUCCGACAAGAAAAACGCCAGUCAAUUUUUUGUAACCUAUAUCCAAAACCGAAACUAAACUUGGCCCACUUAAAACGAAAAAGAUCUGAGAUGGAUCUGAAAAUGUGUCUCUCUGUAAAAAAACUGUAUUUAUGCAAAAGUAUUGAGUUCGAAAAUGAAACUUUCUUGAAUUAUGAUAUUAAGGCCUGCUUGCAUAAAACUCAAUCAGGAUGUUCCUGAAUCAUCGCCUUCAUGGACCUAUCUUCGCUAGGAUCCUCUUGCUGCGCUGCAGCCUCAUGAAUCAGUAUCAAAAAAGGAUUGUCUGGAGGCAACCCAAUACUGGCCAGACUAUCGGAACAUGCCGCAAGUCGAGCUUUUUGGAACAGGAGUGGGAACCGAAUCGUUUUGGAGAGGAUUACCGCAUCUACCAGCAAAACGUCGACUUGGAUGCCUUCUUCGGCGAAGAGCCGAGAUACGAGAAGGUGUCGGAUGUCUGCCUGCUGAAUGACCACUUCAUCCUGGUUAAAAUGCCGCUCCCAGAUCCUUCUCCGCCUCCUUCCAAGUCCAAGAUUUCGCGAUGCUUCAAAUGUAACCGUGGCAGUCGAGUUUCCCCCAUUCCAGAAGAAACGGAUGAGAAGUCUCCUCCGACGCAAUCCAGCUGCCUGCAACCCUGGUCGACACGAAAUCAAGACGAGAUGGAAAUCUUCGAUUCCAGUACCAGGUUAACAACUACCAAUACUCCAGGCCUGAGUCCACAGCCAGCUUCCGUGAUAGUCGAGCAGCCGCAUCCCACGCUGCAGCUGGAGGCGAUCCAAUCAUUGGCCUCCGGGCAGCUGCAGGUGCCGCUCACAAGUCGAGGACCACUCCACUGGUUCCUAUGGCCCUUUCGCCGGCGCUUGGACACGAGGAGCAAGUCCAAGUCACAGCAAGUUGCCGUUCAUAAAACAUACUUCGUGCGUUGGAGCAAGCCGCCGGAUACACUGUGGCAUGGAUUCGGCGUGGACACGGUGGAGGAGAAGAAGUCAGAACUUCGUCGUUGCCGGUCGGCGGUUUUCUGAACAGCUAACUACUUUGUAUAUAUUUCAUAGUAUCUUAAGGGUCCAUUAUUUGAAGAAAACUAAGGGUUUCAAUAAAGAUCUUAAAAUACUUAAUUUA